UCACUUCUUUGGCGACAGCCUUCGGGGUAACAUCCUCGUUCUCUCUAUCCUUAUAUUUCUCUAUCCCUUUAAUUUCCUAUUACAAAUAUUUUUAUUUUUUUCCAUCAUUCCAUUAUCAUACUUUGAAUUUUGUCGGUUGUACAAUUAUUUUUAUUUUUUCCUUCCUCAGUCUUCAAUUGGUCCUUGAUAUUGUUCUUCAUUUUUUAAUUUUUUAUACAAUAAUUAUUUUAAAAAUUUUAUUAAAUAUAUUUUGUAAUUUUUUUUCGUUCCAUUAUUAACUUUUUUUUUUUUUUUUACAUCAAUUUGUGCCUCGAAAUAUUUCGGUAUCGGUUGUCGUGAUCGUUGUGCCUUAUAACUGCCGUCCAAACGUACAUUCAGGUUGGUGCCAAAACAAAUAUUUAAAAUUUUUUUAUUAUAUAGUUUUGAAAUUUUAAAUAUUAUUUUUUUAUUUUUUCAUCGAUGAUUUUUAAAUUUCCCGCGUUAUUUUUUAACGUGUUAAUUUAUAUUUAGUUUAUAAUUUUUUAUUGUAUUUUUAACUAUGAUGCCUUAUUCUGUUUAAGUCACCCAGUAGCCUUGUAAUUUUUUUAUCUAAACUGAUAAAAAAUUAUAUUUUUAUUUUUUCAUUUCAAGUUUAUAUUUAUAUAUAAAUAUUUUAUUGUCUUUUUUUCAUUCCCCUUGCCUCUCAUACACCUUGUGUGCCUUUUUAUAAUAAAAAAUUAUUUUUCUAAUACCUUUUUUUUUUACCGGUAUAAAUCCGUCCUAAUUUUUUACAUUCCUGAGAGUUCGAUUAGUAAAAAAAAAACAAGUCAAUAUAAAAAUCAAAUAACCUCGACAAUAAAAUCUUGAUAAAAAAUAUUUAAAAAUCAAAAAAAAAAAAACUGUGAAGCUGAAAAUCUUUGAAUCAUCAUGAUGAAUAAAAAUUGUCAAGUUAUUCAAGAGAUUUUUGGAUAUAAAAAAAUACACCAUCAACAAUUACAAUGGCAACACUUUCAUUACGUAUCUCCAUACCGGAGAAAAAUGCAACCAAAAUGAUGCAAUUUGAUCCACAAACAUCGGUUUAUGAUGCAUGUAAAAUUAUCAGGGAAAAACUUGCCGAGGCCAGCAACAUGGGACAACCACAUGAUUAUGGUAUAUUUUUGUCCGAUGAUGACGCAAAAAAGGGAGUUUGGCUGGAACCAGGCAGAAGUUUAGAUUACUACAUACUUCGUAAUGGUGAUUUAUUGGAGUAUCGUCGUAAACUACGUACCCUUAGAGUCAAAAUGUUGGAUGGAACAUUAAAAACUUUAUUAGUUGAUGAUAGUCAACCAGUUGCUAAUCUCAUGGUUGUUAUUUGUACAAAAAUUGGUAUUACAAAUCAUGAUGAAUAUUCACUUGUACGUGAAUAUAUUGAUGAAGAUAAUGAAAAUCAAAAACCUGGUAAUUUUGGUACGUUAACAUUAAAACGUAAAAAAGAUGAAAAAGGUGAAAGAGAUGCUAAAAUGGAUCAGUUAAGAAAAAAACUUAAAACAGAUGAUGAAGUUAAUUGGAUUGAUCCAAGUAAAACAUUAAGAGAACAAGGAAUUGAUGAGACUGAAACAGUUUUAUUACGUCGUAAAUAUUUUUUUUCUGAUCAAAAUAUUGAUAGUCGUGAUCCAGUACAAUUGUCAUUAUUAUAUGUACAAGCACGUGAUGCAAUUGUUGAUGGUACACAUCCAGUAACACAAGAAAAAGCAUGUAUAUUUGCUGGUAUACAAUGUCAAAUACAAUUUGGUGAUUAUAAAGAAGAUAAACAUAAAUCUGGUUUUUUAGAUUUAAAAGAAUUUUUACCACAAUCAUAUUCAAAAGUUAAAGGAAUUGAAAAAAAAGUAUUUGCUGAACAUAAAAAACAUACUGGUUUAUCAGAACUUGAUGCUAAAGUUGUUUAUACUAAAACAGCAAGAUCAUUAAGUACAUAUGGUGUUACAUUUUUUUUAGUUAAAGAAAAAAUGAUGGGUAAAAAUAAAUUAGCACCACGUUUAUUAGGUGUUACUAAAGAUUCUGUAUUAAGAUUAGAUGAAAGAACUAAAGAAAUAUUAAAAACAUGGCCAUUAACAACUGUUAGACGUUGGGGUGCAUCACCAAAUACAUUUACACUUGAUUUUGGUGAUUAUUCUGAUCAAUAUUAUUGUGUACAAACAACUGAAGCUGAACAAAUAUUACAAUUAAUAUCUGGUUAUAUUGAUAUUAUAUUAAAAAAACAAAAAGCUAAAGAUCAUUUUGGUAUUGAAGGAGAGGAAGGAUCAACAAUGGUUGAAGACAGUGUAUCACCACUCAAAGCAACAAUCAUGCAGCACGAGACGAGUAAUGUUGGAAGAGGUAGUGUUGAAACUAUGUCACUUGCAAUACCAGCUGUUAUGAGAGCCGGUGGUGAUGGUGCAAGACCUUAUGGACAUGGACAUAUGGGAAGUGCUCAAUACACAACAAUCAGUGGACAAGUCAACAUUGCUCAUGCUGCACCAAUGAUACAACAAACAAAAGUAACAUCAGUUCUCAGUGAGCCUCAAAGAGCUCUUGUAUCAACAAUAACAUCAGGUCAUGAGAUAAUAGCAUUUGCGGAAACAGAGCUUACAACAAAAGCCCAAUUACCCGAGUUAGGUAAUGAUCCAGCAUCAAUGAAAUGGAUUGCACAAACUAUGGUUACCCAUAAAAAAAAUAUUGGAACACAAAUUGCUGAAAUGAAUGCAGCAACAGCACAAGUUGUUACAUUAACAUCUGGAUCAAUUGAAGAAGUUGAUCAUACAGCAAUUGGUGAUGCAAUAUCAACAAUUGCAUCAAAUUUACCAGAAAUGACAAAAGGUGUUAGAAUGAUUGCAGCACUUUUAGAAGAUGAUAAAUCUGGUGAAAAACUUUUAGAUGCAGCUCGUAAACUUUGUACUGCAUUUACAGAUUUAUUAAAAGCAACUGAACCAGAAACAAAAGAGCCUUUCUAUAUUACCUCAACUUUAUAUGGACAAUAUCCAAGACAAAAUUUAUUGAAUGCAGCAUCUAGAGUUGGUGAAGCAUCACAUCAAGUAUUAACAACAAUUGGUGAAGAAAAUGAUUCAAAUCGUGAUCUUCAAGAUAUGCUAUUGGCACUUGCAAAAGCUGUAGCAAAUACAACAGCUGCACUUGUAUUAAAAGCAAGAAAUAUUGCAGCAACAUGUGAUGAUUCACAAACACAAAAUCGUGUUAUAUCAGCAGCAACACAAUGUGCAUUAGCAACAUCACAAUUAGUUGCAUGUGCAAAAGUUGUUGCACCAACAUUACAAUCACCAGCAUGUCAAACACAAUUAAUGCAUGCUGUACGUGAAGUUACAAAAGCUGUUGAAAAUUUAGUAUCAGUAUGUAAUGAUACAUGUAAUGAUGAUAAUUUAAUUCAUGAAUUAAGUUCAGCAGCUGCUGAUGUUAGUCGUACAUUAAAUGAUUUAUUAAAUCAUAUACGUACAGCAACAAAAAUAAAUCAUGAAAAAGCUAAAGAAAUAUAUCAUGAAGGUGCUGUUGAAACAAUAAUAUAUGCAACAGAUAAAUUAUGUUCAAGUAAUGGUGAUACUGGUGAAAUGGUUAGACAAGCUAGAAUUGUUGGACAAGCAACAGCACAAUUAAUACAAAAUAUAAAAGGUGAAGCUGAAAAACAAACAGAUACUGAACAACAACGUAAAUUAUUAGCAGCAGCUAAAAUACUUGCUGAUGCAACAGCUAAAAUGGUUGAAGCAGCACGUCAAUGUGCAAGUUCACCAAAUGACAUUAAUAUGCAACGUCAAUUAAAAAAUGCUGCUGAAGAAUUACGUAAUGCAACAAAUACAGCAACAACACCAUCAUUAUUAAAUAAAUUAAUAAUUAAAAAUGAUGAUGGUAUUGUUGAUAAAACACAAUUUAUACGUGCAGCACAAGCAAUACAUACUGGUUGUGAAAAUUUAUCAAAUUCAAAUUCAACAAAACAACAAAUAUUAGAAGCAGCAACAAUGAUUGCAAAACAUACAAGUGCAUUAUGUAAUGCAUGUCGUUUAGCAUCAAGUAAAACAAAUGAUCCAGUAUCAAAAAGGCAUUAUGUACAAUCAGCAAAAGAUGUUGCAAAUUCAACAGCAAAUCUUGUUAAAGAAAUUAAAACACUUGAUAAAGAUUAUUCAAAUUUAAAUAAAGAUAAAUGUGAUAAAGCUAUUGAACCAUUAUUAUAUGCUGUUGAUAAUUUAUGUGAAUUUGCUGGUUGUAAUGAUUAUAUUAAAACAACAACAACAUCAACAAUAGCAACAGCACAAUUAACACAAGUUGAAGAAAUAAUAAGUGGUCCAGAAAAAGCUAUUAUUGAUGGUGCAUAUUCAAUGGUACAAACUGCUAGAAAUUUACAAGCAAGUCCAAAAGAUGAACCAACAUGGCAAUUACUUGCUCAACAUAGUAAAAGUGUUAGUGAUUCAAUUAAAUCAUUAGUUGCAUCAAUACGUGAUGAUAAAAUUUUACCAGGACAAGAAGAAUGUGAUUCAGCAAUUGAAAAAUUAUUAAUUAAAAUACGUGAAUUAGAUUCAGCUAAAUUAUCAGCUGUAUCACAAAAUUUAUUACAAAAAAAAGAAAAUACACAAGAAGAAUUUAUUGAACAAAUGGAAUAUUGUGCAAAUGAAUUAAGAGAUAAACUUGAGCCAUUACGUGUAUCAUCAAAAUAUGAAGCUGAUAAUAUUGGUAAUUGUGUACAACAAAUAAUGAAUAAUUUUGAGCCACUUGUUGCUAAUUCAAUUGGUGCUGCAUCAAACAUGUUAAAUUCAAAACAACAAAUAAUUUUACUUGAUCAAACUAAAACAAUUGGUGAAUCAAUAUUACAAUUAAUAUAUAUUACAAAAGAAACUGGUGGUAAUUCAGAUGCAAUACCAUUACAUGCAGAAAUUGAUGAAAUGAUUGAUAGUAGUAAAGAUACAAUACGUGAACUUGAAGGUACACUUGAAGUUAUAUCAACAUCACAAGGUGUUGUUAGUGGUUUAAUUGAUACAAUAUCAAGAGCAAUGGUUAGAUUAGAUGAAACAAGAAUAUCAAUUGAUUCAGUUGAUUCAUAUGUUGAUUAUCAAACAAGAAUGGUUGAAGCAGCUAAAGAAAUAGCACGUUUAGCACAAGAAAUGUCAACAAAAUCAAGUACAGAUGCUGCAAGACUUGGUCCACUUGCUGUUGAUAUAUCACAUAAAUAUACACAACUUGCUAGAGAUACUGCUGGUGCAUCAGCAGCAGCAUCAAAUGCUGAUGUAUCACAACGUUUACGUAAUAGUGUACAAGAUCUUGGUAAAUCAUGUGCUGAUAUUGUACGUGCAUCUGGUAUUUGUCAAUUAUCACCAAUUAAUUAUGAUAAUCAACGUGGUGUAUCAGAAUAUGGAAAAAUUGUUAAUGAAAAAGUAUCACAAGUACUUGCUGCAUUACAAGCUGGUUCAAGAGGUACACAAGCUUGUAUUAAUGCAGCAAGUACUGUAUCUGGUAUUAUUGGUGAUUUAGAUACAACAAUUAUGUUUGCAACUGCUGGUACAUUACAUGCUGAAAAUGAAGGUGAUACAUUUGCUGAUCAUCGUGAAAAUAUAUUAAAAACAGCUAAAGCACUUGUUGAAGAUACUAAAACACUUGUUGCUGGUGCUGCAUCAUCACAAGAACAACUUGCUGUUGCUGCACAAAAUGCUGUUACAACAAUUGUACAAUUAUCUGAUGUUGUUAAGUAUGGUGCUGCUUCAUUGGGUAGUCAAAAUUCUGAAGCACAAGUUAUGCUUAUUAAUGCUGUUAAAGAUGUUGCAUCAGCACUUGGUGAUCUUAUUCAUGCAACUAAAGCUGCUAGUGGAAAACCAAUUAAUGAUCCUAGUAUGGCACAUCUUAAAGAUUCUGCAAAGGUAAUGGUGACAAAUGUAACAUCACUAUUAAAAACUGUAAAAGCUGUUGAAGAUGAACAUACACGUGGUACACGUGCCUUGGAAUCAACAAUUGAAGCAAUUGGACAAGAAAUACGUUCAUUAAAUAGCCAAGAUUAUCAUCGUACAAAUGUAACACCAGAAGAUCUUGUUAGAUGUACUAAAAGUAUAACAACAUCAACAGCAAAAGCAGUUGCUGCUGGUAAUUCAUGUAAACAAGAUGAUAUUAUUGCUGCAGCAAAUAUGGGAAGAAAAUCAAUAAGUGAUAUGUUAUCAAUAUGUAAAUCAGCAGCAUAUAAUUGUGCUGAAACAUCUGAAUUACGUGAUCGUACAUUACAAGCUGGUCAUGAUGUUGCAAUGACAUAUCGUGAAUUAUUACAAUCAAUAUUACAAAUAUCAUCAAGAUCAAGUGAUGUUAAACAUACAUUACCACAAAUAUCAAGAAAAAUUGCACAAAGUGUUACUGAACUUGUUGCUGUUGCUGAAUUAUUAAAAGGUAGUGAUUGGAUUGAUCCAGAUGAUCCAACUGUUAUUGCUGAAAAUGAAUUACUUGGUGCUGCUGCAAGUAUUGAUGCUGCUGCUAAAAAACUUGCUAGUUUGCGACCAAGAAGAAAUGUUGAGGAAACAAGUGAAGAUAUGAAUUUUGAUGAAAUGAUACUUGAAGCAGCAAAAUCAAUAGCAGCAGCAACAUCAGCAUUAAUUAAAGCAGCAAGUGCAGCUCAACGUGAAUUAAUAACAACUGGUAAAGUAUCACGUGAACCAGUAACAUCAUCUGAUGAUGGACAAUGGUCAGAGGGUUUAAUAUCAGCAGCACGUUUAGUUGCUGCAGCAACUCAUAGUUUAGUUGAAUCAGCAAAUGCACUUGUACAAGGUGUAUCAUCUGAAGAAAAAUUAAUAUCAUCAGCAAAACAAGUUGCAAGUUCAACAGCUCAAUUACUUGUUGCAUGUAAAGUUAAAGCUGAUCCAGAUAGUGAUAGUACAAAACGUUUAUUACUUGCUGGUAAUUCAGUAAAACGUGCAACAGAUAAUCUUGUUAAAGCAGCACAACAAGCUAUUAAAAAUGAAGAAGAACGUUCAUUAGUAUUAAAUAAACGUAUGGUUGGUGGUAUUGCACAAGAAAUAAAUGCACGUUCAGAAGUAUUAAGAAUUGAAAAAGAACUUGAAGAAGCACGUGGUAGAUUAACAGCAAUAAGACAAGCUAAAUAUAAAAAUCGUAAUGAUUCAUCUGAUACUGAAAAUGAUAAUGAACAAAUUAAUUAUGAUAAUAAAAAUGAUACAAUUAAAUCACCAAUACAUUUAAUGAAUAAUACACUUGAACAAUUAAAACCAACAACACAACAAAUAAGUCAUAUUGCAAAUGAUCGUGAUAAACUUGUUAGUCCAGAAAAAGUUUAUUCAACACAAUCAACACUUGAGCGUAAAAUGAAAAAUGAUCAUGUUACAUUUAAUAAAACAAAUAUUAAUGAUAAUAAUAAUAGCUAUGGUAGUUUAGGAACAUCAAAAUAUAAUAAUGAUUAUAAAUAUCAAAUUGAUACAUCACCAACACCAUACACUGUUACUGAUCGUAUAUUUACAACUGAAAAUUCACCAGCACAAUAUAGCUCAAUUGAACGUAAAAUAAAUCAAGAAUUUGAUACAACAGAAUAUAAAAAUUCUAAUUAUGAUAAUAAAAAAUAUAACAAUGAUAUUAUUGAAGGACCAUUUGCUCCAUUAUCAUCACAAAUUGCUAAAUCAAUAAUACCAAAAUCACCAAAUCGUAAAACAUUUGAUACACAUGAACAAUCAUCAUUUAAUAAAUUUACAAGUGAAAUUAAUCAUUCAAAUAUUGAUAAUCGUAGUUAUGAACAACGUACAUUUGGUAUUGAUCAUACUGAUGAAACAGAUUCAUCAAAAUAUUAUCAAACAAAUGAUAAAUAUCAGAGUCCAAUGAGUACAUUUAAAAGUGAUAGAUCAUUAAUUAAUGAUCAACGUUCUCCAAUAACACAAAAUCAAAGUUAUAAAAAUAUUGAAAAUAAUACAAUACCUGGUGGACAUAGUGAAUCAAUAACAACAAGAAUAUAUACAUCAACACCUGGAAAAACAAUGUCAUCAUCAAAUUUUGAAAAAACAGAACAUCAAGAAUUUACAUCAACUGGUAAUGACAUGAAAACAUUUAAAAGUUUAACAGAUAAUAAUAAUAUUGGAAAAAAUUUAAAUGAAUUAAUUAAAAAAGAAUCAGUAACACAAAAAAUUACUGAACAAAAAACAAUAACAACAAAAGUAUCAAAACAUCUUGAAUCACAUACUAAAACAUUCAGAUACGAAGGUAAAUAAUUAUUUUAAUGUCAGAAUAAUUAUUUGUAUUUUUUAAUUUAUUAUAUAUUUGUCAAUUUUUAUAUAUAUUUAAGCAAACGAUACUUAUAUAACGAACGACGUCAAUUUUUAUUAGUUGAUAUUGACUUUAACCAAUACUAUAAUUAUUACUGGUCAAUGUCCUUUUAGUCUAUUGACGAAAUUAAUAUAUAUAUAUAUUUUUUUUUGUUAGACAAAUAUGCGUGUAGAUAAGUGUCCUUAGUUAGACAAUAAAACCGAAAAUAAUAUGUGCUUUUAAAUUAGCCUUGUAACGUGAUUGCCUUGAUAAGGACAACAAGUCCAGUUUAAAAAUUAAUAAAAACUAAAUUAUAUACAAAUUAAUAAUAAAAUAAUUUAUAACGAGGAUAAUUUAUAUUCGUUGAAUGAUAAUGAUAAUUUUAAACCACAUGAUUGGUAAAUUAAUUUCAAUUUAUUUUUUUAAAUUAGCUUUUUCGUCCCGCAGAGUCUCAAAUAAUAAAAUUUAGAUCAAUUUACGCACAAAAAAAUAAAUAAAUUUUAUUUCUUUUUUUUUUUUAAUUAUUAUUAAAUACUUAUUUAAUAUUAUUUUUUAUUAAUUUAAUUUUAUGCUUUUAUAAUUAUUAAGUUCGUUGAGAACGCAAGACGUUUAACACAUGAGAAACGACAUAUCAUUUAAUUUUAUUGAUUUUCUGAAAUUACGAAGAUGCCAUGUGGCUCCGUGAUUCCCUCAUUAUUAUUUUUUUUUUUUUUGACAAUAUACUUUAUUAAUACAAAAAAUUAUUUAUAUAUUAUUUUUUAUGAUUUAUUUUCAAUUAUAUUCUUUUUCUUUUUAAUUAAACCCAACUGAAUCUCAUUUUUUUAAAUUAUUAUUUAAUCAAACACUUGCGGUCGAUGAAAACAGC